UAACGAUAGUAAAACCUGGCCCGGUGAUGCUGUCGUUUUGCAUUGAAUUGGUCGACUUAUCGCAAUAUGUGCGAUAAUGUGUUGACAUUGUGAUUUAUUAAAGACGCUGUUGAGAAUUUAUUUUUUUUUGCCGGUGAGUUUGAGACUUUCUAAAUUGGCUCUGACACCAUGCUGGCCACAGUGACUGCUGUGGUUAGGUUUGUACAAUACAAUGGCAGUGUUAUGCCCUCACCUGCUGCGAACACUACAACAUUCCCUACCUGGCAGCCUGACUCUGAGGCCAACAUCACCAAGCCUCACAAAUGUCUUCAAGUUUUGUACGAGGAUAUUGGAGACUCUAGGGUGAGGUUCUGGGACCUGCUACUACUGGUGCCCAAUGUGGCCUUCUUCAUUUUCCUUAUAUGGAAGCUGCCCUCAGCGAGGGCAAAGAUUCGAGUCACCUCUAGCCCUAUCUUCAUCACCUUUUACUUUCUGGUUUUUGUGGUGGCAGCGGUAGGUAUUACCCGGGCCAUAGUGUCCAUGACCGUUAGUGCAUCCAGUGCUGCCACCAUCAUAGACAAGGUACUCUGGGAAAUUACCCGUUUCUUCCUGCUGGCUAUCGAGCUCAGUGUUAUCAUCCUGGGGCUGGCUUUCGGUCACUUAGAGAGCAAGUCCAGUAUAAAACGUGUCCUGGCCAUUACUGCUGUGCUGGCUCUUGGCUAUUCCAUUACGCAGGGCACAUUAGAGAUCUUGUAUCCAGACAGACAUCUAUCUGCAGAGGACUUCAACAUCUAUGGCCAUGGAGGGAGACACUUUUGGUUGGUCAGCUCCUGUUUCUUUUUCCUGGUGUACUCCUUGAUUGUCAUCUUACCUAAAACUCCAGUGAAGGACAGAAUAUCUCUUCCAUCUAAGAAGAGUUUCUAUGGCUAUGCUGGCAUCCUGUCUCUGCUGAACUUUGUCCAGGGGCUUGGCAGUGCACUGCUGUGUGCUGGCAUCAUAGAGGGUCUCUGCUGUGUGGACGUCACCACCUUUCUUUACUUCUCCGUCUUCGCUCCACUCAUCUAUGUCACAUUCCUUAAAGGAUUCUUUGGUUCAGAGCCCAAGAUCUUGUUCUCCUACAAGUCGCAGGUGGAUGAGCCAGAUGAAAGCGAUGUCAACCUCCCCCCUACCUCCUCUACCAACCUGGGCCGCAAGGAGCUGGCUGAGCAGGGUCUCUACUACUCCUCCACACAGAUUGAUGGCUUAGGUCCUGGUAUGGCUGGUGUUGUGGGAGCCUACCUGGAUGAUGUUGCUUCUGGCCCCUAUGGGAGCAGCAGCAUCAACAAUAUUGACAGCGACCGCUGGAGACCCAUCAAUGCUUGAAGAGGUGGAGAGGAGAAUGGAGGAAGAGACAGUGUGACAGGUUACUCUGUUCAAAAGUCAGGCUGCGGGAUGUGGCCAGAACAGUGCACAAAAUGGAAGUGUGAGGCCAAAUCGGGACCUGCUCUUGCAAUGAGGCCAGGAUGAGUUCCAUAAAUGGAUGAGCGAGGAGAUAACUUUCUUAGCCUCCUCUCUGGAAUACUGUGAAUUAACCAACUGUUGCAGGACACUGCUGCUGUAGCACAUAGUGGACGAUGUUUUUCAUUGAAUGCACUGUUAACCACCCUGGCCUGUACAAAUUCCACAUUGGUUUUGGGUGUUGGUUGCCUAGGUUUAGUGUUUUUUGGACUCCUCCAUUUAGUCUGACUGCUCUCUACGUUCUCCUCACUACCUGCUUGAACUAUCUAUGCAGGUAUGCACAAUGAUAUCAACGUUUUCGCCUGCUUCAAGUAUCAGAAUCUGUGAUUUAAAGUGAAUGUUUAUUCCAUGUUAACCUUGUGUAUUUACAUUCCCAUUUAAGGCUUACUAUAUAAGUGACAUCAACUGACUUAAAUACCUGCUGCCUUGUAUUAGAUUUAUGACUCUACUAGCUAAUCAGCUCAUAUUGAUUUACCGUGCCUCUCUUUACAGGGCAAGAACUUUUGUGAAUUCCUUCUGAUUUGCGUGUUUCUUUUACUUCUGAAGUCAGUGCUGUCAUCUCUCUCAGGCUGUAUGUGUGUUGUUGUAACUAGAUAAGAAAAAGAACACGUUUCCAAAUACAGAUUUGGUAAUCCAUGUUAAAGAUGAAGAGCAGGGCAACUGGCAUCUGCAAGACUUGGUGCCAGAGAGGGCUGAGACAAGAAAAGGACUUCUCAUUGUGCCCCAGCCAUAGCCUCUCUAUUAGUCAUAUUAUUUUGCUUUUAUUUAUUUGACUUUUGCUUUAUUUUAUGCUGCGCUGGUUUAGUCAUUCCUAUUACUGAAUGCAAUUACGGUGGCUUUGUGGUGAAUAUGGCAAAUGGCACUUAAUUUCUUCAUGAUUGAAGGCUAAAGAAAAUUACCUCAAUGAUUUAAUUUGUAUAUUCUAAAUUAGACAAGCUCUUAUUUAAAUUUGGAGUUAUCCAACACAAAUGUGGCUACUGCUAUGUUUUCCAAAAUCAAUUUCUAGUUGUUGCUAACUUGAUUCCAUGGAGUGCAGCACUUUAUACAACAAACAUGCUAAAUUUAGACCAUAGACAGUAUUAUUCAAGUUCAACGCAGAAGUGAAAGUAACGUCUGUGAAAUUAUUUUGUGAAAAUAUUGUCACGGACGAGACGUUUUGAAAAGCAGUUUUUCUCUUUUAUGACACAUCUUAUAAAUGAGUUGUUUGGCCUGUUGAGUCAAAUUUCUUGGUGUUACAACAGUACUUAUCGCACCUUAAUUCAGCUCACACCUCAAAGCAGGUAUUUUCAGCUAAAUUACUUAAGGGGCUUGCUUUGACAUGGCAUUACCUGAACACAAUUCCAGUUUAAGUAAAAAAAAUUAUUUCUUUUAGUUCAGUUUAUGGCUACAAGGUGAAUUUUACAUGCUUCUGAAAAAUACUGAGAAAUUGUAUGCAGUUGAUGUGGAAAAGGACUAUAUGCAGUGUCUGUGAAUGUUCUCAUUCACCCAGGUCAUGGUUAUCUAAGGAGUUGAAUCAAGUGCAA